AUGUCGUGCUUGAUCAGAGAUUUGGCAGGUGAUAAACCAAAUAUCGAAGUCCAAUAUUGGGCACACAGAGAACAGAAUCGGAGGAGCUCAUUCCUGAGAAAAGCACACAGCCGAAGAGAAGCUCAAAAGCAAAUAGUCGAGGAGAGCUCGAUUUUACAUGCUUCUGGGUCCAAAGCAGUAAGGACCCGUCUUGCACGAAGAGCGGCCAAAAUCAAGAGAAGCUCAAUCUUACACAUAGCAAUAGUAUAUGUCAAGGAUUUGGCAGGUGACCAAACCAAGGUCCAAUCAAUUCCGAGGAAGUAG